UUUCUGGUUCUGCUUUAAAGCUAAAUGAAACUUAGAGAUUGUGGGAGUAGGCAAGAACAGAGAGCAAAUAUAUCCAGCAUCCCCCACUGUCCCCACUCUAUAGCUACUGUGAAGUUUAAGCAGACCUAAAGAGGGGACGCAGUGGAGACUUGGACGGAGCAAAGGAUUUAAACAUGUUACCUCCUCAAAAUCUACUUGCUUUUAUUCUUCCUGUCCUGUACGUCUCUGGAGGAGCGUACAGGCUUGACAUUCUCAAGCAGAACUCUGAGCCAAAUGAAGGCAAUGUGAGGUUGUUUGGUUCUGACAGCCCCUCAGAGGGCCGUGUUGAGGUCUUCCACAAUGGGAAAUGGGGAACUGUGUGUGAUGACAACUGGGAUAUUACUGAAGCUGAGGUGGUUUGUCGUCAGCUCAACUUCCCCGGAGCCAAAUCUGUUGUCAUUGGGAAGGACUAUGGACCAGCAUCUGGACCAAUUUGGCUUGAUGACAUUACCUGUGAAGGGCUGGAGAAGGAGCUCGUGUCUUGCAGGUUUAGUGGAUGGGGAAUAACUGACUGCUCCCAUAAAGAGGAUGUUGGUGUUAUCUGUGAAAGAGGAAGUGAUCUGACAACAGAUGACUCUACUCACUCACUGGACCACAGCAUUGGUCUCUCAGGUGACCUUGGUCAGAUCUUUGACAACGGUACUGCUUGUGAUUUUUGGAUCACCUUUCAGACCCCUAGUGGAAACAGAAAGGAUGAUGGGACACCAGAGAUGACUGAGACUACAAUUUGUGCACACAAAGCGAUCCUCAUGUUGUAUCCAUACUUCAGUGCUUCAGUGGAAGCAAAUAACAUCACAGUUAUGGUGAAAAAACCCUGCCAGCCGUAUUUAAUCUCUUUUAUCAGGUAUCUCUACACCCGUAAGACUGAUGUGACCCAUUCCUCUGCCAUGUGCCUCCAUCAGCUUGCUUCAGACUUCGGAGUAAAACAGCUGAUGGAGGACAUAGGCCGCCUCUUCUCUAAAAUCCUCCCAGAUGAUGCUUCCUUUUACUCCCAAGUUUCACUUUACAAAUAUGCAGUCGAGUCAAAGGACCUUGUCCUUGAGGAAAACUGCAUCCAGUAUCUGGCCUGGAACUUCCAAAACCUCACAGGUUCCCCUGUUUGGGCCAGUCUUCCUGUGGAUCUCCUUCGUUCCCUACUUGUUCGCUCAGAUUUGGUGGUACCUGAUGAGUAUUAUUUACUUCAGACUCUAGAAAACUGGAUCACAACCAAUGCAGACUCCCUGACUUCAGAAAGCCAGGCUGACUUGCUCCGUCUGGUCCGUUUCCCCAUGAUUCCUGCCGAGAAGCUGUAUGAGCUGGGCUCCACUUCUCCUCUCUAUAAGACUCACAGGGAUGUUUACCUUAACAGUGUCUUGAAAGCAUAUCAGUUCAAUGUUCUACUCUACAAUAAUCAAACCAAAUCACAGUUAGGCAAGGAAAGUGAUGAUUAUAAACCCAGAAUCUACACAAGUGAGACCUGGAGCAUUGAAAUUGAUCCUAUUACCAAACCUUCGGGGUCUCGAAGACAAAACCAGUACUCAUCUUACGAAUAUAGAAACCGCUAUGGUCAUUAUUAUCCAAGUCCUACUUCAUCCCCUCAAAACAAACAGCUGAUAACACCUCUCCACAACAGCCUUCUGUUUAAGAACAACAUGAUCACCUGGGAUGUAAAUGUCUUCAAAACCCAGAGUGACUGUUCAAGGUACGGUGUACGGUGUGAAUCUAUUCCUGCAGUCAGACUGGCCCGCAGAAACCGGUAUUCGUCAGAAAGCAGCGUAGUCUUCCGUAACCGCCUCCUGAUGAUCUGCCAAAACAAGUAUGUCGCUCAGAUACAAGGGUUCAAAGAGACCAUGGCUUAUGUGAGUUCAAACAUUACCCAGGUCCUUGCCUAUCCCUGUCCUGACCACAAGUGCACUUACAAGUUUGUGGUGAGACCAGAGUAUCUUUGGCAGAUGAACUCAGAACCACUUGCUGCUUUUUUCGCUGUGCUUCUGUGUCUCUCAGAAGGGUCAUACCUGUUCCACAAUCUCAGAAGAAAUGAGCCAAAUGAAGGUGAUGUGAGACUGUCUGGGUCCAACAUAACCUCAGAAGGCCGCGUUGAGAUUUACCAUGAUGGAAGAUGGGGAUCUGUGUGUGAUGACAGUUGGGACCUGGAUGAUGCCCAUGUAGUUUGCCGUCAGCUUAACUACCAGAGGGCCAUAUCUGCCAUGACUAAUGGAGUCUAUGGAGAAGCAUUUGGGCCCAUCUGGAUGGAUAAUGUCGACUGUUAUGGGACAGAGCAACAACUUGCAUCUUGUUCAUUCAGAGGGUGGGGAAAUCAUGAUUGUAGACACGCAGAGGAUGCCGGAGUUGUGUGUUACACAGAAGUUCUAGAUCAUAAUAAAGCCCUUCACGACUCUACAUACUCCCUGGACCACAGCAUCACCCUCUCAGAUGACCUUGGAAAACUCUUUGACAGCAGCAGCGCUUGUGACUACCUAAUAACUUUCCAGACCCCAAUAGAUAAAAUGCAUGAGUAUGUCCACCCAGAGGAGAAUGAGACAACAAUCUGUGCCCACAAAGCGAUCCUCAUGUUAUACCCUUACUUCAAUGCUUCAAUGGGGACUAGUAACAUCACAGUCACUGUCAACAAAGCCUGUCAGCCAUAUCUCUCUUCCUUCAUAAGGUACCUUUACACCCGUCAGAUCAACGUGACCAACUCCUCUGCGAUGUGCCUUCAUCAACUUGGUUUAGACUUUGGAAUUAGGCAGCUGAUGGAGGAUGUUGGUAGGGUGAUCUCUGAAAUCCUCCCAGAUGAUGCUUCCUUUUACUCCCAAGUUUCACUUUACAAAUAUGCAGUCAAGUCAAAGGACCUUGUUCUUGAGGAAAACUGCAUCCAGUAUCUGGCCUGGAACUUCCAAAACCUCACAGGUUCCCCUGUUUGGGCCAGUCUUCCUGUGGAUCUCCUUCGUUCCCUACUUGUCCGCUCAGAUUUGGUGGUACCUGAUGAGUAUGUUUUACUUCAGACUCUAGAAAACUGGAUCACAACCAAUGCAGACUCCCUGACUUCAGAAAGCCAGGCCGACUUGCUCCGUCUGGUCCGUUUCCCCAUGAUUCCUGCCGAGAAGCUGUAUGAGCUGGGCUCCACUUCUCUCUAUAAGACUCACAGGGAUGUUUACCUUGACAGUGUCUUGAAAGCAUAUCAGUUCAAUGUUCAACUCUACAAUAAUCAAACCAAAUCACAGUUAGGCAAUGAAAGUGAUGAUUAUAAACCCAGAAUCUACACAAGUGAGACCUGGAGCAUUGAAAUUGAUCCUAGUACCAAACCUUCGGGGUCUCGAAGACAAAACCAGUACUUACCUUACGAAUACAGACACCCCUAUGGUUAUUAUUAUCCAAGUCCUACUUCAUCCCCUCAAAACAAACAGCUGAGAACACCUCUCCACAACAGCCUUCUGUUUAAGAACAACAUGAUCACCUGGGAUGUAAAUGUCUUUAAAACCCACAGUGACUGUUAUGACUAUGGUGUGCGGUGUGAAUCUAUCCCUGCAGUCAGACUGGCCCGCACGAACUGGUAUUCGUCAGAAAGCAGCGUAGUCUUCCGUAACCGCCUCCUGAUCAUCUGCCAAAACAAGUAUGUCGCUCAGAUACAAGGGAUCAAAGAGACCAUGGCUUAUGUGAUUUCAAACGUUACCCAGGUCCUUGCCUAUCCCUGUCCUGACCACAAGUACACUUACAGGUUUGUGGUUAGACCAGAGUAUCUGUGAUCCAAUGAAAGGAGAUGGCAUACAAUAGAACUAAAAACAAGCAUAAUUUUCACCUUAUAUCAAGUGAGACCUGGAGAAUUGCUCUUAACCCCUUGGAAAAGCCGCCAACAUAAAGUCCAAGUCCGAGCACUGACACAACCGACCACAAUUAUAACGACAAAUAUGAAGAUUUUUCCGAUGACGAUAUCCAAUUUUAUGACAACACAAUAAUUUCAAUCCCAAAAAAAUUUUUUAAAACACUUCUCCACAAUAGUCUUAUGUUUAGGGGCAAAAUGAUUGCCUGGGACGCAGAUGUCCUCACAUCCCAGAGCGAGUGUAACACAAAAGGAGUGCAAUGCAAUUCAGUUCCUGCAGCAAGGCUGGCUCAGCAGAACAGUGAUAACUGGAGGAGUAACAUCCGCUUCAAUAACCGUGUCUUGCUAAAGUGCCAGAAUGGGUACAUCUGUCAGAUUCAGGCCUUUGACAGUAUGAUGGCAUACAUCAGUAAUGAUUCUCAGCCUCUUACUUAUCCCUGUCCUAAUGACAAGUACAUCUAUACAUUUGUUGUGAGACCUGAGUAUGUUUAAUCAUGUGGGUAAGAAAACUGAAAAAAUAACAAUUAGUGUGAUUGCUAUAUAUCAUAAAUGUUUCACUGACUCAGAUCAAGAAUCAAAAACGUUUGUAAAUUUUCUCUUAUCCUUUCCUAUAAUCUGUUGUUUCUAUACUUUUAUUCUGUAUUUCAAAAACAUAUUUGCAAGUUUCAUUGGGGGAAAAGGUUCAAAUGAUUCAAACUGUCCCCAUUGAGUUUUAUUGGGAUAAAAUGUCUGAUUAAAAGAAUAAAUGGAGUAGAUUUCUGUAUGUCUGUCUGUCUCUUAAUAAAUAAUG